UAAUAAAUUAUGCAUUGAAACAGUCGGUGAGCUUAGUCCAAUCUAAUUGAUCCAUGGGAUUAAUAAUCAUCUUAUCACUAGAAGCUAUAAUUUUCAUUUUGUUUUUCACCAUUAAAAGAAAAUAAAAUAAAAUCAGGGAUGACAGCAUUUCAAAAAGGAAUAAAAAUAAAACAAGAAAGAGCGCAUCUGAAGAUCAAAUCACAAAGUAACGAAGCAAACGAGGAGGAAGAUGAAGGGGUUAGGGUAUUGGCUAAUGGUGGUUGGUUCACUGAGACUAGCUUCGGUUUGGUUUGGUUUCUUCAACAUUUGGGCUCUUCGUCUCGCCGUCUUCUCUCAGACCACCAUGAGUGAAGUUCAUGGACGUACAUUUGGAGUAUGGACACUAUUGACCUGCACUCUUUGCUUUCUUUGUGCAUUCAACCCCGAAAACAAACCGUUAUACUUGGCUACCUUUCUCUCGUUUAUCUACGCCUUAGGCCAUUUUCUGACUGAAUACCUCUUCUACCAUACCAUGACCAUCGCCAAUCUCUCAACCGUGGCCUUCUUUGCAGGCACAUCGAUUGUGUGGAUGCUCUGGGAGUGGAGAUCCCUUGACAAACCGCCCUCCAAACUUGCUUAAUCUUUUUUAUUAAGCUGUUGAUUCAUAUUUCAUUUAUAAUCUUUGAAGGAGACUUGUGGUACUAUGAGAAUAACUAUAAAGUUCAUGUAUUUGUUUUAUAACUCGAACAAGUUCAUAGGUUGAAGUGUUGUUCCUUUCCAGAGGCUUUUAUAGUUUUAAGUUGCAUUGUAAGAUCAGUGGUUACAGAAUGGGAAUACAAAAUUUAUUA